UCAGUGAAAUGUCAGUCUUCGUGAUAUAAACAUUAUCGAUUUUUCCUCUCCGAAAUGGAAAGAGUGUGCACAAAAGUUUAACAUUCUGGUGAAUCUUUCAAAAAUCAUGUGUUGAGUGUUUGUAAUUGAAAGGUGAACUCGAUAAAAGUGAAAAAUGUCUUUUUUUCGAAGCAAGAUAGUGCUUGGGCUCAGCGCCGUUGGAACGAUAGCAGGAUGCGCAGCUCUGCUGAAGGAUUACAUGCAAGGUGCCCGCUUCGUGCGUAAGGAUGUCCGAGCGGAUGGUAAAGUGGUAAUCGUGACCGGAGCCAAUACCGGCAUCGGUAAGGAAACCGUCAUGGGUCUGGCCAAUCGUGGGGCCCAUGUUUACAUGGCCUGCCGGGACAUGGCCAAGUGCGAAGAAGCACGCCAGGAUGUAGUGCUGGAAACAAAGAACCCCAAUGUGUUCUGUCGGGAGUGCGAUCUGAGCUCGCUGCAAUCGGUGCGGAAGUUUGUGAACCAAUUCAAAACCGAACAGAACCGAUUGGACGUUCUGAUCAACAACGCCGGAGUAAUGCGUUGCCCACGCACCCUCACGGCCGAGGGCAUCGAGCUCCAGUUGGGAGUCAACCAUAUGGGGCACUUUCUGCUGACCAAUCUUCUGCUGGACCUGCUCAAACUGUCCGCCCCUAGCAGAAUCGUGGUGGUGUCCAGCAUUGCGCAUACCCGGGGAAUCAUCAACGCCGCUGAUUUGAACAGCACAACAAGGUACGAUCCAGCCGAAGCGUACGAACAGAGCAAACUGGCCAAUGUGCUGUUCACGCGAGAGAUGGCGAAACGACUGGAAGGCACUGCGGUCACAAUUAACGCCCUGCAUCCGGGUGUGGUUGAUACAGACCUGAUGCGACACAUGGGUCUCUUCAACAGCUGGUUCUCGAGUUUUCUCAUCAAGCCAUUCGUGUGGCCAUUCCUAAAGUCGCCAAUAUCGGGUGCACAGACCUCGCUCUAUGCCGCCCUGGAUCCGAGCCUGGAAAAAGUUUCCGGACAGUAUUUUAGCGACUGUGCACCGAAAGAUGUUGCCGAGCAGGCCAAGGAUGAUCGACUGGCCAAAUGGUUGUGGGCUGUGAGCGAAAAGUGGACUGGAACCCUGACCGGAACGGCUGCCGUUUCCUGACAGCGGAUUGUCAAGCUGAAGAAUGAUAAGGAUAUUGUCAUCUUUAGUGAAGCAAAUAUGCAGGAGUAAGCGGGAGGCGGUACUGUAAUGGAAAUGGGGUUAUUAAAUAUACAAAAGUUGUUGAAAACUAACACAAAAUUUUGUUUUUUG